AUGGGUGAGAAUAAGAACUUAGCUGACGCUUUACGCGUGUGGGUGUCUUCAUUCCACGACAGUGGUGUGGUCACGGUCCCUACCGACACUUUAGAAGACCUCCGAGAUGGUGUUGCGCUAAUGGAGAUUAUGUGUGAGCUGGAAUGUGAGGUGCUUCCAAAGGAUGAGAUCAG